GAUAUUGUUGUCAUAUGACAGAGCCACACAAAAGCAAGAGUUAUAAAUUAUAACGCAUGCAUACACUUCAUCUAAUUCUAAGAUGAGUUCCAUGGCAGUAGGAGAUAGGCCUCAUGUUGUAUGUCUUCCAGUUCCACUUCAAAGCCAUAUCAAGGCAAUGCUUAAGUUAGCAAAACUCUUCCACCAUAGAGGUUUUCAUGUGACCUUUGUCAACACAGAGUUCAACCACAAGCGCUUUCUUCAAUCUCUUGGACCCAACUCCCUUGAUGGCUUGCCUGAUUUUCGAUUCGAAACCUUCCCAGACGGUCUUCCAGUCAGUUCAGAUGAGGAUACUUCCCAGGACAUCUUUUUGCUUUUUAAUUCAAUGCGCGAUAACUUCUUGCCUCUGUUUCUUAACCUCCUAAAAGAACUCAAUGACAGAGCAGCUUCCGGCAAUACCAACCCUCCAGUGUCUUGUAUUGUUUCUGAUGGUUUGAUGCCGUUCCCCAUCACAGCUGCCGAAGAACUUGGAAUUCCUAUUGCAAUGUUCUUUACUAUUUCUGCAGGCGGCUUCAUGGGCUCUAAACAAUAUCCUGCUUUGGUGGAGAAAGGACUUACACCACUCAAAGAUCAGAGCUAUUUCACAAAUGGCUUUUUGGACAAGGUGAUUGAUUGGAUUCCAGGAAUGAAAGGUAUCCAUUUACGGAAACUUCCGACAGUGUUUCACAUUACAAAUCCAGACAACAUCUUUUUUAAGCUCACAGUGGAAACAAUGGAUAGAGUAGAUAAAGCUUCAGCUGUUGUUCUUCUUACAUUUGAUGCAUUGGAACAAGAGAUUCUGGACGCUCUCUCAUCUAUGCUUAUCCCACCUAUUUAUACAAUUGGUCCUAUUGAAUUACUACUUGUCAAUCAGAUACCAGAAGACCCUUUGAAGUCUGUUGGCUAUAUUCUAUGGAAAGAAGAAACUGAGUGCCUCCAAUGGCUAAAUUCUAAAGAGCCAAACUCGGUUGUUUAUGUGAAUUUUGGCAGUCUAGCGGUCAUGACACCUGAACUUGUUGUUGAGUUUGGCUGGGGACUUGCAAAUACAAAUUAUCCCUUCUUGUGGGUAAUUAGGCCUGAUUUCGUUGUUGGUGAAUCGGCGAUUUUUCCACCUGAGUUUGUGGCUGAAACCAAGGGAAGAGGUGUAAUAGUAAAUUGGUGCCCACAAGAGCAAGUCCUUAACCACCCAUCAGUUGGAGGGUUUUUGACACACAGCGGCUGGAAUUCAACCAUUGAGAGUUUGUCUGCCGGAGUGCCUAUGAUCUGUUGGCCACUCUUCGCGGACCAGCCGACAAACAGCUGGUGUACUUGCAAUCAAUGGGGCAGUGGCAUGGAGAUGGAUAAGAAUGUCAAGAGAGAGGAAGUGGAGAAGAUUGUUAGAGAGUUAAUGGAGGGAGAGAAGGGUAAGAAAAUGAAAAGUAAGGCCAUUGAGUGGAAGAAGCUAGCAGAAGAAGCAACUGGUCCACAAGGUUCUUCAUCCACAAACUUGAACAAUUUAGUGAAUCAAAUGCUAUUAAGAAAAAUCUAGAUCUUAUAUCCAUAAGAAUGUGUUAAUUAAUUAAGUGUAUGUUAUUGCUGGUCUUAAUUUAGAACUAUAAAGAUGUCUUGCAAGAUCUGCAUUUGCAGUCCCU